AUGAGAUCACACUACAGUGAGGCAGAUUUUUAUGAUUACGAUCCCCGCACCGAUAUCGAUCCACUGUGCUGUUGUGAGUUUUUCGAUCGAAACCAUGAGCGCAACCAUCUGCUGGUAACGUGCUGCUGCUGCUGCUGUUUCGACCCCCAAAGUGCUUCGACGAGCGAAACGAACACGGGAAGCAAGAGCAGAACAAAGAUGUCCAUAAAACCCAUGUACAUUCUGCGGAGUGUGCAAUAAAAAACCUAGGCUCCCAGCUAAGGGAAGAGAUCGAU